CACGCCAACGUAAGUGACCACAGAAGAAGUAAAGUCCUAUAAAAAGGGAGAAGAUAGCGCUAUACUUCAGCAUCUCACAACAGGCAAGAGCUCAUCCAUCUCCAGUUAAUCAGGAGAAACUACAAUGGCUCCUCUGAGAACUUCAUCCGUGUUCCAGUCACUGCUGCUGCUGCUGAGUCUGGUGGCUAUCGUGAAGGCGGGAAUAGUAAUCCCACAAAAUCCGGAAUGCCCGAACACUGGGGACAAGAACUUCCCUCAGAAUGUGAAGAUCAACCUAAACGUCCUUAACCGGAAAACGAAUUCCAGAAGGGCCUCAGAUUACCACAACCGCUCCACCUCCCCUUGGAAUCUCCACCGCAACGAGGACCCUGAGAGAUACCCCUCUGUGAUCUGGGAGGCGAAGUGCCGCCACCUGGGCUGUGUCAAUGCCGAAGGGAAGGUAGACUUCCACAUGAACUCCGUCCCCAUCCAGCAAGAGAUCCUGGUCCUGCGCAGGGAAUCUCAGAACUGCCCCCACUCCUUCCAGCUGGAGAAGAUGCUGGUGGCCGUGGGCUGCACCUGCGUCACCCCCAUUGUCCGCCACAUGGGUUAAGAGCUUCGGGUCUGACCCCAGCUCCCCAAAGCAGUUAGGCUUUCUGGGGAGUAGACCCAGCCCCAUUUCUGACCAAACUCAGGGGGCUUCUUAAACUAAUUGAAGUUUCAGCUGAAGUUUCAGAGGUAACACUUUGGUUCAGAGAUAGAAUCAGAAUCUUCUUUCCCUUUCCCCAAGGAGGAAGUUUAGACUCAGCACCAAUUUGCUUCUUGUUUGCUUUUCUAAGGGUUUUAAGUUAUUUAUGUAUUUAAGAGGCCCUGAAAUCACUUUGGGGCAUAAGAUUCCAUUUUAAUGUAUUGCAUGCCUUAUUUUGUAUUUUUUUAAGACAAGAUUCCAGACUUAGGAAUUUUAUUAUUUAAAAGGUAAAACCUAUAUUUAUAUGAGUUAUUUAUGGAUCUAUUUAUAUUUCUUAAGUCUUUAGAAAAAGUGAAAUAGUAUGAUUAUCUAUUCUGCCUAGGGUAAUCCUAGAUAGGAUUAAAUAGAGGUUGAAAAUUUCUGAGUUUGUACUACCUAUGGAUAUAAGAUUUUCUCCUCUUUGUCUCUGAGGAGUACAUGACAUGGCUGAAAAGAAAGACUAGACGUAUGUCUUAUCUAUUAACUUAAUUUUGUGAAUU